AUGAGCGGGACCGGGGCGGCUCCGGGGGCUGCGGGCGCCGUCCGGGGGCUGCGGGUAGACGGGCUGCCCCCGCUUCCCAAGAGCCUGAGUGGGCUGCUGCACUCGGCGUCUGGCGGCGGCGGCGCAUCUGGGGGUUGGCGGCACCUGGAGCGGCUGUACGCGCAGAAGUCGCGCAUCCAGGACGAGCUGAGCCGCGGGGGCCCGAGGGGCGGCGGCGUCCGGACCUCCGUGCCGUCCCCCAGGCCUCCCAACCUGGACGCCGCGCUGGCCUUGCUCCGCAAGGAGAUGGUUGGCCUUCGACAGCUGGACAUGUCCUUGCUCUGCCAACUGUAUAGCCUCUACGAAUCCAUUCAAGAAUAUAAAGGGGCAUGCCAGGCAAGAUCCAGCCAAGACUGCUCCUAUGUUCUCGAGAAUGGCUUCUUUGAUGAGGAGGAAGAAUAUUUCCAAGAGCAAAAUGUGCUCCAUGAUGGGAAGGAGCAACGCACUCCUAGGGACAUGCCACUGCCUGUCUCCUUCCUCUCCAGCAGUGACUGGACUCUGGACUCCAUCUAGAGUCUUAGGAUCCUAACAACUGGACACCAUAUUGGCGUUUGCUUCUCUUGCAAGAAUUGUGUUUACUCUCCAUGUGGGCUAUCCUCAGGUUUGUGAGCCCAGUGCAGCUGGUUUAACUUGUAGGCAGGGAGUGUUCCAUGGACUUUUGGUAGUAAUCUCUCUCAUGGCUGGGGUUUCAGCUUAGGUGAUCCAGUGGUAUUCAGCAAUGGCCUUGAUACUCUCCAGCAGUGUUCUGACAGUCCUGCUAAAGAUGAGAGUUUAACAAAAGGGUCCCUGAAGAAGACUUGAGAAUUUCGUGCUAGAUGAAGUCAACUAGUUUCCUCCUUCUGAUGGCAAAUGAUGUUUGCCUCAAGUUUACACUGUAUUCAAACUAGCAUUUCACUGUUGCCUUUUCUCGAACAUAACUUGCUUUUUCUUGAGCUUUAUAAGCACCUUGGUUAAGAUUUUUAUUUAUUUGUAAUUUGCAUUACUGAUUGUCCAUAUGACCUUCUGAAAGCUUUUUACUGAGAAAGUAAAGGUCACACCAUAAAACUGCAGUCUCAACCUGUAAAAAAUUCUAUAAAUCAUUCUUUGUCCAUUAGAUGUGGUGUCAUGUCAUGGGGAGAAAAAACAGGGCAAUGUCUUAUCAUUCAUUGUGCAGAGGCAAAAACUAUAAACAAUUCUGUUUCUAAAAUUUCUGAAUGUAAUUACUUAGGUAGCAAACCUUUUUCUACUCAAGAUAAUGAUCACUUUAAGCCUUAAUAUAUUUAUUAAAAACACUUUAUGAAUACUUCAUAGAGGAAAAAUGAAGAUAAAAUGCCAAGUGUUGUAUAUUAUUUAGACCUGAAUUCAGACUCACCAGUUUUCAUAACCUCAAAGUGUUGAAUCUAAAUACUAAGAAAAAAUUAGUCUUUAUUUCCCUAAUGCAAUUAUGAAAAAAGUUCUUCCUUAGUUAUUUUCGUGGGAUUGUUUCCUCUACAAUUUAGUCAUUUGUGGUUAAUUUUCAGUGCCACCUACAUUUUGAAUGCUACAGAAUU